AUGGCUGAACUACUGAGAAAUACAUUUGCCAAUGCCAAGGCUGAAAAUCGUAAUGCUUUGGUGACUUUCAUGACCGCUGGUUACCCCAGAGUCGAAGACACUAUUCCAAUGCUAAAAGGAUUCCAAGACGGUGGUGUCGAUGUCAUCGAGCUGGGCAUGCCCUUUUCCGAUCCUAUUGCUGAUGGUCCAACCAUUCAGUACGCCAACACUGUUUCUUUGCGCAACGGUGUGAAUAUGAUCCAAACCCUGGACAUGGUGCGUCAAGCCAGAGCUGAAGGUGUUACCGUGCCAAUCAUUCUUAUGGGCUACUACAACCCUAUUUUGAAUUUCGGAGAAGAAAAGUUCAUUGAACAGGCUGCCGAGGCAGGUGCCAGCGGGUUCAUUAUCGUCGACUUGCCCCCAGAGGAAGCUCUUAAAUUGCGUGACCUCGUCAACUACUAUGGCUUGAGUUUGAUCCCAUUGGUCGCUCCCUCUACAACCGAUCACCGUCUAGAGCUCUUGUCAGAGAUCGCCACGUCUUUCAUCUACGUUGUGUCCAGAAUGGGUACCACUGGUGCUCAAAUCUCUGUCUCUGAAGACGUCACUGCUCUGGUCGACCACGUGAGAAAGUUCACCAAGGACAUCCCACUCGCUGUCGGCUUUGGUGUGUCCACGAGAGAGCACUUCGAGACGGUCGGUUCAGUGUCUGACGGUGUCGUUAUCGGCUCUAAGAUUAUCAAGUUGAUUGAGGAAUGCAAGCCCGAUGAGCGUUACCAGGUCGUCAAGUCCUACGUUGAGGAGAUUCUAGCGGGUCAAAAGCAUACGCUUUUGUCCCCAGAACAAUUCAAAGACUUGCAAGUCAAGUCCAUAGCCGAAGGCAAAACACGUAAAGCUGCCAUCACCAAUUUCAACGAAAAGCACAAAUUUAUGGCCAAUUUCGGAGACUUCGGUGGCCAGUACGUGCCUGAAGCUUUGCACGCCUGUUUGAGAGAAUUAGAACAAGGUUUCGAAAGUGCUGUUGCCGAUCCCAUUUUCUGGCAACAAUUCAGGGACAUGUAUUCCUACAUUGGUCGCCCUUCAUCGUUGCACAAAGCUGAUAGACUUACGGAGUACUGUGGAGGUGCUCAGAUUUGGUUGAAAAGAGAGGAUUUGAACCACACUGGUUCUCACAAAAUAAAUAACGCCCUGGCUCAAGUUCUCAUUGCCAAGAGGCUGGGCAAGAAGAAGAUUAUCGCGGAAACCGGUGCUGGUCAACACGGUGUGGCCACGGCUACCGCGUGCGCUAAGUUCGGUCUUGAAUGCACUGUGUUCAUGGGCGCCGAGGAUGUGCGUCGUCAAGCUUUGAACGUGUUCAGAAUGCGUAUUUUGGGCGCCAAUGUUGUUGCUGUUACCAACGGUACCAAGACUUUGAGAGACGCCACCUCCGAGGCUUUCCGCUACUGGGUGUCCAACUUGAAAACAACUCACUACGUCGUGGGAUCUGCCAUCGGUCCUCACCCUUACCCAACCCUGGUACGUACCUUCCAGUCUGUGAUUGGUAACGAAACUAAGGAACAAUUCGCGAAGCUCAACGACGGCAAACUUCCGGAUGCCGUGGUCGCUUGCGUUGGAGGUGGGUCAAACUCCACUGGUAUGUUUUCGCCCUUCGAGCACGACCUCUCCGUCAAGCUGCUAGGUGUGGAAGCUGGCGGUGACGGUGUUGACACUAAAUUUCACUCUGCCACUCUGACUGCUGGUAGACCAGGUGUUUUUCACGGUGUCAAGACCUACGUGUUGCAAGACAGCGACGGUCAGGUGCACGAUACUCAUUCCGUUUCUGCCGGGCUGGACUACCCAGGUGUGGGCCCCGAGUUGGCUUCUUGGAAAGCGUCUGGCCGUGCUUCUUUCGUCGCUGCCACUGAUGCUCAAGCUCUUGCAGGUUUCAAGCUUCUGUCGCAAUUAGAAGGUAUUAUCCCUGCCUUGGAAUCUUCGCAUGCUGUCCACGGAGCCGUGGAAUUGGCCAAAACAAUGGACAAGAGCCAACAUCUUAUCAUCAACGUCUCCGGAAGAGGCGACAAGGACGUUCAAAGUGUUGCUGAGGUCUUGCCUAAGUUGGGUCCUCAAAUCGGCUGGGACUUGAGAUUUGAAGAAGACCCAUCCAAAUCUUGUUAA